UUCUUUCUUUCUUUCUUUCUUUCUUUCUUUCUGUCGGUCCGUGGGUGUGUGUGUGCGCCCUGUCCCCCAGACCCCCGGCGCCCACCUUCCCCGCAGCGCUCCGCACCAUGCAGCCCCGGACGGUCCUCGCACUGCUGCUGUUCCUAGUGGACCCCUGCGCCGCGGAGUCGGUCCGGGAAACGGAAGUAAUGGACCCCCAGGAUUUCUACAGUACUAGAUACUACUCCGGGGCCUUGCCGGAUGAUGAAGAUGUUGGGAAAAACUGGCGGGAGCACGAUUCCCACCCGGAGGACUUCGAGCUGUCGGGCUCGGGAGAUGAAGAAUACACCAAAAUAGAGGAGGUGACUUACCUGACAGAGAAGCCGGAGGUCACCAUGGAUAAUCACAUCCCCGAUGAUGAGUCCAGAAACAAGGAUCCUGAGGACCCCAAGGUGGUGGAAGAGAAUGAGAUCCUGCAGAAGGAACCUCCGGUCUUGGAUGGGAGAGAAGACGUGUCCAACAAGGUAGCCAUGGCCAGCGCUACUCAUGAAAGCAUCUUUGAGAGGACAGAGGUCUUGGCAGCCCUCAUUGCAGGUGGCGUCGUGGGACUUCUGUUCGCCGUGUUCUUGAUCCUGCUCCUGGUUUACCGCAUGAAGAAGAAGGACGAGGGCAGCUACGAUUUGGGCAAGAAACCCAUCUACAAGAAAGCCCCCACCAACGAGUUUUUCGCCUGAGGCCCCGGUGGGCGAAGGGGCACAGACUCGGCAGGCGGUUGUGCCCUGAGACUCGGGCACGCUGCGGGGAGGAGGCUGCGGCGGGGAGGGAAGGCGGGGGGGCAGACCCGAUGUUCCCGUGCUGGCAUCUCUGUUUCCAUUUCCUCUCUCCCCAGACUAGUGAUUUGCAUCAUGUCCUUGUAUAUAAAAAGAUAAUCUACCGGUCCCCUGUCCACCCACUCCUCCACCCACUCCUCGUGCCCCGUUCAGGGGGCAAGGGGUGCGGGCCAGGGGGCUCGCAUUGCCCCCAUUUGGCUGUGAGGAGGGGUCAGGAGGUGCCAAGCUCCCCUCCUCCCCGCCCUUUGCCAAUCUACAAAGCAAUCCCACCCCUACCCCUUCCGUAAGGGGUUUCCACUCCCUUCCCUUUUGCCACCAGUUAACUGGGCCUCCUCGGGAUGCGCCAACCCCGGCAGGGUGGGUGGUGGGACCCAGGGGACAGGUGGGUGGGGAGUAACUUGAGCUACGGAUACGUUAGGUUAAAUCUUCACAUAUUUGUAACCCCGUCCCGUGGCUCGCAGAGGGGCUAACGGCCGGCCGUGACCGUAGGCUACUCCCGAGGUGGCAGGAGAGACGGGAGGUCACCUCCCAAACCUCCAGGGAGCCGUGGGAACCGUGGGCUCUGAAUAAAAUAUCCCCCAACUCCGGGCUGGUUUGAGAUUCCUGUACCAGAUUUCACAUCUACGGGAGGGAGGACCGAGGGUCGGCGGGAUAGAUGAACAGCUGAAUGUUUUUAGAAAAAUAUUUGUAAAAUUUUUAACGGUUCUUACGUUAUUUUCUGUUUUUAAAAUGAUUCAUUCCUUCUCUGCUUCAUCUGGCCAACCCCCCGUGUCACAGUGUACAUCACAGUGAGGGAGCAGGUCUUGGGUGAGGGUGGGGUUUCAGUAGCAGCAGCUCCAGCCUGACUUAUUUAUGUGUUUUGGUUUCGUUUUCUCCAGAAUGAGAGAAUCGCCAGGGAGAUGUGAUUUUUUUUUCGUCUUUGUUGUUGUAAUUUUGUAUUAUUUAUAGUUCCAGACAUGGCUGCUUCUCUUCUUCCUCCCUUCAUCCCUGUUCACACUUUGGAUGCUUGCCUAGCUCUCCUCUUGAGAUCUCAUCCUCUAAACUAAAGGCAAUUAAUUUGCUGCGAGGUAGUUGUUCGCUUAGUGUAGGGGAUGAUGGACUUUGGGGAUUUUUUUUUUUAGCUUGUAAUAUAUAUUACUCAGUUUUACAGUUCUAGAUAAUAGAGACAUAUAUUUUUCCAGUAAAGUGCAUAAUAAUAAGAAUAUAAAAUCAGUUUGUGUUUGUGUGUUUUGUUUGUGUGUUUGUGUGAACGCACCCCCCUCCGAGUGGCUGCUUUCUCUGUUGUUUCACCCGUUCCUUGGAUUUUUUUCCCUGGGCACCUUUUCUCUGAUUUUGAAUGUAGAAAUUUUGAUAAGUGCCUAUGUGCUCCAAACUCUCUGCCUUGGCCUUCAGACAGCCAUUCAUUCGUUCAUUCAUUCAAUCGUACUAAUUGAGCAUUUACUGUGUGCAGAGCACUGUACUAAGCGCUUGGGAGAGGACAACGUAAUAAUAAGCAGACACAUUCCCUGCCCUGUGGCCCGGAUGUGAGUCUGAAUGAAAGUGUCUAGAAAGGACACUUGUUCCCAUCUUUGGGGCAUCUUUUGGGGGCCAGGAAAGGGAAUGAUGUGGGGAGUGUUUAAUUAAUUAAUGAUGGUAUUUAAUUAGCGUUUACUAUGUGCCAGGCACUGUUUUAAGCGCUGGGGUAGAUACAAGAUAAUCGCUUUGGACACAGUCCCUGUCCCACAUAGGGCUCACAGCCUUAAUCCCAUUUUCCAGGAGAGGGAACUGAGGCCCAGAGAGGUGAGGUGACUUGUCUAAGGUCCCACAGCAGACAAGUGGAGGAACGGGGAUUAGAACCCACGACCUUCGGACUCCCGGGCUCGAGCCACUAGACCGGGCUGCUUCUCAGCGUUUCCGAGGGCUCCUUUUCGUGAUCAUGAGAAACUCGAAUUGCUGUCCGGCUUUCCUCUACUGGGGCUCUGGGGCCUAGGAGGGAACUUUGGCUUGGAGCUGGAAGAAGAGUCGGGGAAGGAGAGGGGGGUUUCUAAUGCAGACACGCCGCCCCUUUCCCUCCCCCUGGCUUCUCACAACCUGCUCGUGGCCUCUCUUCCUCCGCACUGAAAUGUAGGCCGGUGCUUGGGCCCGUUGGCACGGCUACCCGAACCUGGCCCCGACUUAGUCUUCUGGGGCCAGGGACUCUUCCUUUCUUGUCCCGUUCCUCCCCCGCGUCCUUCCCUUCGCACCCUUUGGCUGUAGGCUGGGCCUCGGCUAGAGGACCGAGCACCGUCGAACCCUUCCUCGACACCCACCUCACGGUCCUGGAUCUCCGUCGUCUGUUUCCUCCCUUCCCUCUCUGCCCAGGGAUGGGGCCGGAGCCAGUGGGAGUCCGAUUUAUCUUGUACAGGGCUCUUCACUGUGUCUGUUACUGAUUUUUGAUAAAAAAUAAAAACCGGUACUUUCUAAGC